AUGUGUAAAGCAGCUUAUGUGUAUCAGACAGCGUCGGAUACAAGGCAGUGGAUCCAUGCGAAUGGAAGUAUUGGUUAUAUGAUGUGA